AUGCUUCGCCUUAAUCGAUUUCUUUCCCUCAUUGCGCUAUUGCUUCUAAUCGCAGUUUCCUGUCAUGCAGAAGGCGAUUGUGCCAAUGUGAACGAGGAAGGACUGUGUGCCAAUCCAGACGCCGCAACUGAUGAGGUGACAGAGGAAGCCGUAGCCACAGAAGCCACCGAGGAAGAUCCCAAUUGUCCUUCUAGAGCCUAUGUGAUCCGCUGUGCUGGGAAAUAUUUGGACACCAACCAAAACGGAAAAUUGGAACGGGCUGAAUUGGAAACCGCUAUCAACAGUCUCCCAUGGUAUUCUCGAGGUCUCCUUCAAAUCCUUGGUUCGGUCGACAAAAUGAUGAAGAAGUGUGACAUGGAUGGAGAUGAUGCGAUUUCAAUGACAACCGAUAUGGAGCAAAAUAAGGACCAAUGCUUGGCUACAUGCUUCAAGAGAAAAGCCUUCAAGAGCGCAUUCUUUCCCGACUGCGAAUAG